UGCAAAAAGUCUGCAGAAAACACUAGCAUGACGUCAUACUCUGGGCUUCUCAUCUGGCGAUCAUAUGGUUUUGUUUUUUAUUUAUUGGAUAUUUUGAUUUAUUUCGGACACAUUUUAAUCAUUCUCCUGCAAAAAAUUACACGAUAAUAUGCAAAUAGUGUGCAUCAAUUGGCAACAAGUGAGACAAUUUAAGUGUUUAUAGUGAAAAAAGUGUGCAAAAAUCCAACGUGGUGCCAUAAAACUGUCGAAAAGGGCGUGUACUGGAGCCCUCUCCGGGAAUCUAUUUGCGUGCAGUUUGGACGACGAAGUGGUCACGAUUUCUAGAGUCUCAUGCGAGGAAAACGAGACGACUCUGCUACACAGUGAUAAUUUUGGCCCGAUUUCUUUGUGAGGGAUUGUGGUUGGAGAAGCUUUAGGUGCUGCAAUGGGAGCAUAUUUGAGCAGUUUCAAGAGUGCCAUAGAAGGUGUUGGACUUUCAGCCACUGGAGCCAGAAAACGAAAGCACAGUGAAAGCUCUGAUGAAUUGCGCUGUGAAGAACAGCCUCUCAAGAGGAAGAAGCUGAUGACCACUGCACAGUAUGUCUAUCAGGUGAUGUUCAAGGAAGAGCACAAAUCAGAUGUGGCAGUCCGAUGUCUCGGCCGGACUUGGCAUCUGCACAAAGUCUAUCUCUGCCAAAGUGCCUACUUUUCUUCCAUGUUCGGGGGCUCAUGGAAGGAAUCCGACCGAGACUUCAUCAAUAUCGAGAUCAUCGAUCCAAAUAUCAGCAUAGAAGCCCUCGACGCCGUUUUUGGCUCGCUCUACCUCGAUGAAAUCACUCUCAAUAAGAACGUGAUAAUUCCAGUAUUGGCAACAUCGGCUCUAUUUCAGCUCAAUAGCCUCAUUGAGAAGUGCUCAGAGGUUAUGAUUGAGUCGAUAGAUCCCAUUACUGUGGUAGCUUUUUACGAGGCAGCCUGCCAGUAUGGUGUUAAAAAUGUCCGGGAUGCUGCUUUUGAGUGGCUUCAAGUUAACUUUCUCAAUUACUACAUGAAACAUCUGAAAUUGCUGAAUCAAGUGAAUCUGGAAUUGAUGUACAAACUUAUAUCUAGUCCAGAUUUAUUUGUCAUGCAGACAGAAUAUGCCAUUUACUAUUUGUUGAAGAAUUGGAUCUACUUUCAACUUCAUCCGGGUACAGAAACCAAUCCACGUAGUGAUCUCAAGGCAGUCAUACAGAAUUUUUAUAACAAUCUCAGCAAAUCAAAACCAUUUCUGGAGACGAGGCUGGGCAAAAAAUAUGAAAUACUCUUCCGGGCAUUGCGACUCAAUUACCUGCUCAAUCAUCAUCGAGACAUUGAAAUAAUCCUCAAGGAUAAUAUCAUACCACAUGAUUGGAUCUAUACGCCUAUUCUUCAGCAAUGGGAUGCAAUGCUGUGCUUCGAUGAAUCCACGUACAAUGGACCUGCAGAAUGCGACGAAAAGACAUUCGGGGAGUCUUGUAUGCGUUGCGGUCGGGUGCUACAGAGUGAGGGCUUCCAGAAGUGGAGAUGGACAGGAUUCAAUUUUGGCCUUGAUCUCGUGUUCAUUGUAGAUACAAGAAAUCUAUCGAUUAAGCGUAAUCACCGUCCGGAAAAUGAGAGACUUCUGAGUCUUCAAGUAAAGCGACAAUUCCUUGCAAGAGUAACAAUUCUCACAGUAAAUGAAAACUCCCAAGUGAAGCGGCGUCAAAGUUCGGGUAUAAAAGCUCUAACGCUGGAGAAAAAUGAAGAAGUGACUCUGUUGCAGUUUGACAAAGACCUAUCGUAUCCACUUCUCAUAUCCAUCAACAUCCUCACCGUGUCCCCUAGAAUACCAGCGGACAAAAUCCAUACCAAGGCACAAGUGACUUCUGGGAGUUCCAGCGACAAUCCCAGUCACCUCAACGAAGUAAAUUUGAGUCACAAUGAUGAUGAAUAAGAUGGUGUUUCUAACAAUUAGCGUAUGUUAUGUAAAUUAUUAACAUGUGGAGUUCAGUUACUCUUUUCCUCAAAAAAAAAGGUAUCCUCUUUAUUACCUUUUAAUAUUGUUUUUCAUACAAAUGAAAUUGCAAUACGUGAAUAAUUGUAUUUUUUUUAAGGCAAUUUACCAUGAAUCCUCUUCUACAUUCACAAAAAAAAAUAAAGAAGUCAAUUGAGGUGAUUUCCUCAGUAUAUAUUUUUGGAAGUGUUCAAGUGUUAGUCGAAGAGGAAUCAUUGCAAAUUCUUUCACACUACAAUCGUACAAAAAAUCGUGAAAUUACAAUAUAUAUUUUCUACGAUUAAACUUACUUUUUUUUCUUCUCUUUUUGUACUACUAAUGCUACCAUUGUAAGGUUGCAAAAUAAAAUGGAAUUAACAAGUGUU